AUGGCGUCUAAGUUAGAGGAUGAUCUGAGCUGCUCAAUCUGCCUGGAUAUCUUUAAAGAUCCUGUCUUCCUGUCCUGCUGCCACAGCUUCUGUAGAGCGUGUGUGGAGAAGAGCUGGAAGGAUAAGGUGAGCAAGGAGUGUCCUCUCUGUAAGAAGAGACACUCAAAGCCAUGGUUACCUCCAGACUUGCCGUUAAAGAUCCUGUGUGAGAAGGAACAGAGAUCUUCAGAGACUCUUUGCAAUCUGCAUCAUGAGAAGCUUAGACUCUUCUGUCUGGACCAUCAGGAGCCGGUGUGUCACAUCUGCAGAGAUUCAAAAAAACACAGCGAGCACCGAUUCAUACCCAUCAAUGAAGCUGCAGAAGAACACAAGAAAAACCUUGAGGAAACUCUGCAGCCCUUAAAGAAGAAGUUAAAGGCUUUUAAAGAAGUUAAAGUGAAGUUUGAUCUUACAGAAGAUCACAUCGGGGUCCAGGCCCGACACACAGAGAGGCAGAUUAAGGAGCAGUUUAAGAAGCUUCAUCAGUUUCUAGCAGAGGAAGAGGAAGCCAGGCUGCGUGCACUGAAGGAGGAGGAGGAGCAGAAAAGACAGAGGAUGAAGGUGCAGAUGGAGGCUCUGAGAGCACAGAUAGCAGAUCUUUCACAAACAGUCAGAGCCACAGAGGACCAGCUGACAGCCCAAGAUGUCUCCUUCCUGAAAAACUACAAGGCUGCAGUGGAAAGAGUCCAGCAGCACCCUUUGCUGGAGGAGCCACAGCUGCCCUCAGGAGCUCUGAUAGACCAGGCCAAACACCUGGGCAACCUGGGCUUCAACAUCUGGACCAAGAUGAAGGACCUGGUCUCCUACAUGCCCGUCAUUCUGGACCCAAACACCACGGGAUCAUUCCUCAUCCUGUCUGAUGAUCUGACCACUGUGAGAGGAGGAGAGGAGGAGCAGCAGCUUCCUGAUAAUCCAGAAAGGUUUGAUUUAUUCAGGUCUGUCCUGGGCUCUGUGGGCUUUAACUCAGGGGCUCAUAUCUGGAACGUCCAGGUUGGAGACUGUGCAUGGUGGAGCCUGGGUGUGAUUGCAGGGUCUGUCCAGAGAAGGGAAGACAUACGGUCUGGAUUAUGGAGAGUAUGGUUCUGGGGUGGUGAAUACAGAGCACAAUCACCACCACAUAGAUCCACUGUUCUUUUAGUGAAGAAUCCUCCAAAGAGGAUCAGAGUAAAUCUAGACUGUAACAGAGGAAAGCUGUUGUUCUCUGAUCCUGAUACUAACACACUCAUACACUCCUUCAAACACACUUUCACUCACAGGAUGAUUCCAUACUUUGAGACUGGGUCUGACUGCCGUCCUCUGAAGGUUUUACCAGAGAAGGUCUCUGUGACUGUGGGACUAAACUAA